AUGGAUCGAAUUAUUGAUUAUGGAAGUUCCAAAUCACAGCAUACCCAUAUGAAGGCAAAGGGUUUAAUGAAAAAUAUAGAGGGUAUAGUUCCCGCUUCAAAUACAGAGGAAAAAUUUAAAGAACUAUACGAAAGAAAUGAAGGAAGACCUAUGAAUGCUAUUAUUCAACCGUUAGAUGUUGAACGAUCGAAUUUUGUGUUAACAUGCACAACACUAAAAGAAAUGAUGGAUAAAUUGAGUAACAUUUAUGAAAAGAAUUCCGAAAUUCGUUUCAAGACUCUUUAUGAGGAAUAUUUUUCAUUGAAAAUGAAAGAUGAUGAAACCGUGACAGGUUAUGUUGCAAAAGUUAAUCAGUUAGCAUCAGAAAUUGAACAACAAGGUGAGAAAUUGUCGGACAAAUUGAAAGUGGUUCACAUUAUUAGCAGUUUGUCAGUUAGAUUCAACCAUUAUAAAACCACCUGGUACAAUACAUAUGACACGCGUAAAAUGAAUACUCUAAUGUCGUCGUUACGGUUAGAAGAGGAGAGUUUAAAUCGAAUUAGUGGUGAAAAAGCUUCAUCAGUUGAUGUUGCUUUUAAUGUAAAAAUUCAAUUAAAGAAAGUUGCAUCAAAGUUGAGUUUAUCAAAAAUUGAUAUUUUGAAAAAGAAAACCAAGUAUAAUGGUAAAUGUAGUAAAAAUAAAGAUAAAAAUGAAUUAACAUGGUGUACCGUUGAAUAUAGUGACGAAAACGAAUCAAACUCUUGGUAUGCAGACUCAGGUGCGUCAAGUCAUAUGACAUUUCAUCAUGAAUGGUUUACAGAACUGAGAAAAGAUAAUGGUGGUAAUAUGGUCAAAGCUGCUAACAACUGA